GGCAAGGAAUUCCUUUGCGUGUCACCUCUGUGCCUGACAGAUUUCGCCUUAGAACUCAAUAGCUCAAAAUGUUUCCAUCGAUAGAUGUGCAAGAUAACUGCUGCAGGAAUGCAACUUGAAGGACACUCUGCAUCUUCUGAAAUCAACACCGAGUCCGUUAAGCGCGUCUCAAAUGACAAUUCUGAAUGUUAUCACUUCCUCCUCUUCUGAUAAACAAAGCUUGUUUAUGAAUCUCGUAGACAUAUAAUGCACGGUGCCUAUGAAAGAACGUGGAGUGGUGAUACCCAAGGUGUAAUGUCAGGAAUGGCAAGGGGGUUGAAUCUGGAUAAGAUUGCAUUUAAUUUUCGCUACUCAAGCGACAACGUUGCACGUUCGAACCCUUGGCCAAGAACACUUCUGAGCGGAGAUUUCAUUUUGAUUGCUGAGUUCGCCGAGAAUGAGGGACCAAAGCCAGUAGUAAGUUUGACAGACUAUAUAAACGCCUUCAAUAGCCUCGAUUACUUCCGGGUUAUUCAACGAACUGCUCAGUGUCAUAAAUUUUAAAUGUAACAAGAACAUGCAGAUUUAUUUAUUGUAGCGUGACUUGAUCGGAAUUUAAAUCUCUAAUUCUGUAUGUAGUUAUGUUUGAAUAAGCGAGUAAUUUGAACUAAUUAUUAAUGAAACGAGUUUGUAUCAGAUUUUCGGUGAGCAAAGUCACCUCUACAUUUGAUUGGAGGCCGAUACCAAAAGGAGAAAUUAGAAGCCAGUUACUAAUCACGAGUAAAAAUAAUUCAGUUGUUUAGUACCAAGAUACAAUCGAUGUACAUGUCUGUAUGUUGGACAGCUCACCUUGGCCUGGAUUUUUAUUGGAAACAGGGUUGCUUGAUUAAACCCUGAAGUUUGUAGACAGAAAUCUAUAGUAUGAUUAUCAUAUUCCUAAUUAAUUAUUAAUAUUAUUCAUAACUGUUAUUAUUAUUAUUUUUAUUAUGAACAAUCAACAAUUACACCAUGUAAAUCUAAAGCUAUCUUUUUAAUUCUCACACUUUCAUGCUUUACCUCUUUUUUUUUAUUUUCACUAUUCAUCUUAAUCAGCAUUGUUCUACUUACUAUAGAAUUCAACUUUCAACGCUUUGUACAGUAAUUAACUGAAGAUGACAGAAGUUUCUGUCAAAACAUGUUUUACAGACUCAAAAGUUUUGUCGCUUUCUUUAAAUUCUUGACUUGCCUGCUAAUAUCAAGAACCUAUUAUUAAAUUAUUACAACAAGAACUUGUUUGUCUUUUGUUUUCUUAUUUCUUUCUGUGUAUCUCUUUAGAUGACAAUUCCCAAGAAUGCUGGAGAAAAUUUUGACGUGAAUGCCUUUGCUGUUCAUGUAAUGUCAGUAGAUUAUACUCAAUCCAGGUAUGGUGAGAUGACACUUUUCAUCAAUUAAAAGUAAAAGUGUUCAACUUUGUGAGUUUCAGAUGAUUGACCAUGUGGCUUUAAUUAUUCACCAAUUUUUUCUCAUUAUUUUAGUUGUGUAAAUUCAUUUUGUUCAAUUUCUUUUUUGUGAAGAUUUAUGUGGUCGAAUCUUACACUUCUUCCUUAGAUGACACUUGCUGGAUUCAUUAAAUUAUAUAUAUAUAUAUGAUACUGAAUUUGAAAUAUUGAAAUAUUACUUUUACUUAUAAAUCUCUGUUUCAGGGGCAGCAACUUUUCCAUUGUUGAAGACACUCAGCUGUUUUUAACAAAGAGAAAAGAUGGAAUUUAUGCCUAUGUAAGCUUUACAGCAAAGUUUUAUUCCCUUGAUUUCUUCUUGAGUCUCAUUAUUUUGUUGUGGGGUAAACAUUUUACCAGGUUGUGUUAUAUUUCAUAGGUGCACCAUUUUACUCUUUAUGAUAUUCAUGCUCGUGGUUUUGUAAGGCCUUACUGCAUGUGCUACAUUUCACAUUGCAAAAGGUAUUUAUUAUCAUUGUUGUCAAUGAGUUGAAAGUAGAAGGCAGUGGAAGAAAUUGUAUUUUAGCAGGUUAGCACCAAUCGAAACUGGGAAAUGGUUACAGCACAAAUUUCUUUGACUGUGUUUCAAUCAUUGUACAAUUUUUCAUCAGUAAUUAUGGCAAAAUCAUUGAGGUAUAUGUAGCUGGCAGUUUAAGAUGAAUGAAAAGCUGGGGGUUUUGGCAGGCUAUCUGUCCUAAUUGACGGCUCUGAUUAUUAAGUAACAAGUAGUUUAUAAAAUUAUUGAUGAAGUUCCUAGAUUUAGAACUUUCAAAUGUAUGUACCAUUUCAAAGUGAUAUCAGCCAAUAAUCCAGCUCAAAUCUGAAGUCUGCAUCACCUGCUUGAGUCUGUGAACCUAUGUACUUAAUUCCAGAGUUACAAUCAUUAUGACUGUAUAUCAUUAUUGAAAUGGGUGUAUGGAGAAGAACCUCAAAUAACUUCUGACUGGUAGACUGCAAAAAGUCUCUUCAAAUCUCCAGUUUUUUCAGAGCAUUUGAUGUUACAUUCCAGAGGUUAUAUAAGAAGGGUUUCUUUUCUAUCUAUACUUUCAUUUUUUCAGCUUUCACAGUGAACAUUUAUGCUCAUGUUUACUUAUUUAAUCACUGGUUUGUUUCUCCUUUUUUUGCAGAAAAAUGUUUUCUUUUCUUGACAGUUUCAUGGAUGAAUUUACCAAGGUGAAGUCUCAGUCCAUUUUGAGUUGAACUAAUGGCAAACAUAUUUCUUUUUGGAUAUAAUGAAUCUCUUCUACCAGAUUUCUUGAUUUAAUGAUUGAAGAAUUUAAUUAAUAUUUACAAUUUUUUUAAGGUGUCCAAGUUAUUUAGGCAUGGUAACAGAAUAACGUUCCUAAGAGACCUAGAAGAACGAUUGUGUGAUGUUUUAGAGUUAAAGGAAAAAAGUAUCUGUAAGUUUCAAUUGUGUAGUAAUGAUCCAAUUUAGUGUAGCUGUACUGUGGAGGUUUAAUUUUUUUUCCUUUGAUUUGACCACUGAAUUAUCAGAAAUACCAUCAAAGAAAUUUGUAGAGCAAGUAUUUCCCAAUUUUUGAGUGGAAUUGCAAACCUAAUUAUUGCCUGAAUCAAUUCCAGGUUCAAGAUUUUCCCAAAAGGUUCCAGGGAACUUCCUGGAGCACCAGGGGUAUUUUAACUGACCAGUACCCAGUCUUCUGUGUAAUCUGACAAAAUAAUGUAGGCUGCAUGAUAACAAGGCUCCCUAUCUGGUAUCUUUAUUUGCCUUUUAGGUUCAAGCUCAUUGAUAGCUUUACCUAUGUACAGUGUAAGAGGAAGAGUGUUCACUUAGACUGGGGUCUUGAUUAGUACCUUCUCACUUAAUUUGGAUCACUUAAGCUGGAUUGACAGGCUAACACAUUUCCACAAAAACUAAAGAAAUUAAAAAUUUGUAGUAAAUCAUUGCAGCAAGCUUUGAGACACCUUUAAGAACAACACUAUCAUUUACCUGGGCAGUGUGUAUUAAGCAAGUGAAGUUAAUUUCAAAUCUUCUCUUGUUUUAGUGGAAAAUUCCUUCUCCAGUUGUCUUCUUGGUCAGAAAUGGAAGGUAAUGUGUCAGAGAAUUAAAAUCUUAUUGAAUUAGUUAUUUUUGGUUAGUGGUCACACAUAUAACAUUGUGAGCCAUUCUGCUCCAAUUCAAUUCAUUAUCUUUUUUGAAGAUAAGAUUUCUUGAAACUUUUGGACCACAGGUUACCCAAAUGACUGGAAAAUCAGAGAAGAAGUUGAAUGCUGAAUAUGAGUUUAUAUUGACUGAGACCAAAAAGUUGAUAGAAGUCCUAAGACCACAUAUAGUGGUAAGUGGAUUUCAAGCCUAAGAUGGACUCUAUUUUUUUUAUUCUUAUAAGUGUUAGUGCUUAAUUUUUCAUUUUGUAUACAUACUUUCAAACCUUUAUUACAUGGUCACCCAUGGGGAAUGGCGGGGUGACUGCUUGACACAGGUUUACCAGUUGAUAUACGUUCCACACAAUAGGGGUAAUAUAAAAAAGAUUUUAAAAUGCCACAUUAUGCCACAAUUGGCUGUUUAUUUAACAAAACUGUGCUCAAAAAUACUACUAACUCUGAUUGCAAGAGAGUUGAACAUCGAUUUCAUUUUACUUGAAAGAUUAAUGUUAGUUUUAUUUGAGUGGUCCUACUUUAAGAGACUGUUCAAUGCAGGUGGAAGACAAUACAAACAGGUCAAAUUUGGCUCUAGCUCAGAGGUAGAUACAACUACUCAAAACUGAGGUGACUGCUUAAUAGGGGUGAAAAUUACAGAGAUUACAGGGAAACAAAUCAAGACUUUGACAACCAACCACUUAAUACAGGGUGACUGCUGAAUUGAUAUGGUGCUGCUUAAUACAGGUUUGACUGUAUUUAACAUAAUUGGAUAAGUAAGAGUGCAUUUUUUUUAAGGCAGGUAAUUUAGUGUUAACAAGUGAGUUGAGGAUAUAAAUUUGUCAUUGUAAAGGGUAAAAAAGCUGACGUUUCAAGUGUUAGCCCUUCAUCAGAGCGAUAGGGCUAACGCUUGAAACGUCAGCUCUUUUACCCUUUGCAGUAGCUAAUUUCUGUUCUCAACUCAGUUGUUAACACUAAAUUACCUGCUAUACUCUCCCACCAACGCAGCACCACAGUUUCUUUAGAAACUUACCCCUUAUUCAUUUUUUUUAUGGUUGCUUAAAUUGUCUUUAAAAAUACAGAAUGACCCCAGGGUUGAACAUCAAUUUAAAAGGCUUGAAGACUUGGUCCAAGGAAGGACUCGUAGUUUCACUGUUGCUGAUGGUUGUCUUGAAGUAAGACAUGAAUUUAGUGAUCACAAAUUGCCAACCCACAAGCCUACAUUACGAAAAGGUACUUUUAGAGAAGAUUUGUUUAUUUAAAAGAGUGCUAUAUACUAGUCCUGUUUGUUGAGUAAAUGCAAAAAGCACCAUUCACAUGUGUGGUACAUGAAUAUACUAAGGCUACAGACAGGUUCCCUGACUGACAUGAUAUUAUUUUUGGCAAUUAGGCAUUACAAGUUAGAGUAAAUUAAUUGUAAUCAUGGGUCAAGUGUACCUUGAUAACAUCCUGGUUACAAAAAUAAAAUGAUAUUAGUUAUAGUAAUUUAAUUAUUUUGGUUAUCAGCAUCAUCAGAGCUGCCUUGUUUAUUGAUCAAGUGUGUGUGACCUUUGUUUCUUACAAGCUGAUUGCAUUUACUUGACACAUUUUACAGCUGUCUCACUCCCAGAUAUCAAAUAUCUACUGAAAGGAUACAAAGAACUGAAUGUGAGUGCAGUUUAUAUUAUGAUAUUGAUGGUAAAAAAGAGUAAUGGCAAAUACCUUCACCACCUCUUUAGGCAGAAAUAAAAAUACUAAAUAUGUUUAUUUUUAAUUUUAAAAUGUGCUCUUAUGGAAUUAGACAGGUUGGUUUUAAUGGGGGGGAGAAGGGAGGUUUAAUAUGGAUUGCAAAAAAUGAGGUCCUUUAAUUAAUCAUGCAGGAUCAAGGUUUUGUCAAAUAAAUGAAAAUAAUAAAUCCAAAGUUAAGCAGACUCAUUAUUUUCACCAGUCAUAAAAGGACCCUGUUACCUGGUUAGGGUCCACAGGUGAAUGUAUUUGUACACGAUGGCUCCAUGAUGUAUAUGUAUUCAUUAUUCAUUAAGAGUCAUCCAAAUUUUUUCUGUUUCAUAUGGUGAUCACAGAUUUCAUGAUUUUAUUUUACAGCUAAAGCCUAGGUCCUGUUUGCCCACUUAUCUUAAUAGUAUGAAACAGUUACGGUAAGCUAGUGAGGGAAAUUUAGUAUUACAUUUGUGUAGUUUUCAAUUAACUGUCAAAAAUUCAAAACCAAUGUAAUCACUUCAGCUGAUUAUAACAAAGGAUAACACCAUCAUUGGUCAAUGAGAACUCAAAGUAAAUACAGGAAAGCUACCAAAAGCAUGGGAAAAUGCUCUUUUUCUUGUCAUUUGCUUUCAUUGCCAUCAAAUUGAUACAUUGUCUUCUUUUCGUGCAUAAUUGAAAUCAUGGUGAUUUUUCUCCUGAGACUGAAUGGGGAGCAUGAUUAUAGAACUUUUAAUCAUUGUUUUGACCAAAGCAAAACGUGAUCGGUUUAUGCAAACCAUCGAUACACCUCGAUACUUUUGGUUGAGAAACCUUGUCCCGGUGUUCUUGCACAGUGGGGGGGUAACUUCAGGUGGGGUGAAGUCACUCAGACUGGGGGGCAAAGUGUUUUGGGGCAACAUGACGAUGGGGCUACCAUUUUUUCUUGAUAAAAGUAUAUUUGUUUACAUAAACAUUUUAAGAGAAAAACACGCUGGAAUAGAAUUGCUAAUUUCUCGUAAGUUAAAGCCUUUCACAAUUCCCUUGUAAUGCCAUUUACACUGGCAACUUUCGUUAGUGACAAUUUCCUUAUAUGGUAUGUCAGUUCUCCAUUUUGGGUUUUUUUAUCACUGCCGAUUGAAACCUCUCAAGGUGAAUUUUCUAGUACUUUUUAGGCGCGUGAGUGUUCGCAAGUUGUUGGGGGUACUACGUGAAUUUUUAUGUGUUAUGACUUUCAGACAUUUACAUGACCUGUGUGAGUGGGGAGCAAAAGAAGGACUCAGCAGACUUCGACGUGUUUUUAAGGUAACUGAAGAUCAACCAAAGAAACGAUCCUCGCAGGAAGACUGUAAUUUAAGCAAGUACAGGAGAGAAACCAGAGAGAACUUUAGGCUUCGACAGCAUUCGAAUCCAGGCCUCCCAGAUACUAAUUAGGCGCUGCUACCAAAUGGGUUACCAAGCUAGAAGUUGGGAGAGAGGCAAAUUUUAGGGGGUUCUUCUUUCCUUUAAAUCCGGGAAUCUGAAUUCUCUGAUCAUCAUCAUCAUCAUCAUCAUCAUCAUCAUCAUCAUCAUCAUCAUCAUCAUCAUCAUCAUCAUCAUCAUCAUCAUCAUCAUCAUCAUAUCUUUAUUUGAUAAGUAAGUUAAAAAAUGGCAACUUUACGGCUGAUGUGGACCUACUAUAUUAUAAAAUAAGAGAUAAAUAAACGUACAAUAAAAUAAAUAAACCUGGAGUUAAGUCUUAAGUAAGAAACAGAAUGAAUAUAAAUAUAAAUGUGUCAUAAUAUAUCAGAAAUAAUAGAAAUUUGAAUUCUUUUUUUCUUCGUGGUUGUGCACUCCAGAUCAUCUUUCUGGACAUUCUUGUGAGCCACUCGCUAUACAGUUCCAGGGCUUUUCAUGCACCAAAACUUCUGUCAACUAUAUUCCUUUCUAAUGUUUGAUUCACUUCUCAUAUUUUUGCGUUCAUACAUUCCUAGCAUUACAACAGAGAAACUGCCGCACUGUUAAUUGAAAAGACGGAAACAAGCCAUCUUGGUGAGCAUUUAAUUGGUAUUUAAACAAAAUUAAUAACCCUUCGAAAGGAUUCUUUGUACAUUUUAGUAGCGCAUUUUCAACUGAAAAAACCGAGGUACUACUAACUGCAUUUGUUUUGCCUGCUUUCGCUCUGUUAAAGCGCGUUUUGAUUGAGUGUCGUAACAUCAGAACUUAAGUAAUCGCUAAGACCAAUCAGAGGAAAGGAAAAUAUUACAUAGAGCCAAUGAAAAUACAAAGUGAGGAGGAUGGUUCAAGAUUUGUAGACCAAUCAAAUGGCGAAGUAAAGCAAAUCCAAAACCAUCUCGGAUUAUUAACGACGCUCAAUUUAAUAUUACUUUAUUAGUGUAAGAAACUAUCACCACCCUCUCAACCAAUCAGAUUCAAAACUUAAACCAUUUGCGACCUCUUCACUCUUCAAGUCUGUCUAUGCGCGUUUACUUUGAGUUUUAACUGGUUCCUUGUGAUAUGUACCUUCGCUUUGAACGCCGCUGACCGCCAAUCAAAAUGCAAUGGGUUUAGUUUAAAAACUCAGUCGUCUAACCUCAGCAACUUAAUAUUAUGAGAACACUUAACUUGUCACGUCAUCUUGCAUUCAUACCUUGAAAAGUUUUAAAAUCACAACCACUACGAGCAAAUCUUGCUCCAUUUAUAGUGUCAAAUGAUGAACACUGGUAUUAUCUGCUUUGGGUCUCCUGUCAUUAUAGAUCGCUUUCCCGCUCUUCUGACCAUUGGCCGCAGUGUAGUGUCUAACGUUCUUCGAAACAUCGACAUGUAAGUUUGUAACGUACAGUAAUUUAGUCCCUCCAUCGUAAUUUGACCUUUCAAUAGUUAAACAAGGGAACGCGAAGCGAGCGCGAGAGCGCACGAGCAACUGUUGAGUGUGAAAAGGAAAACAAUAAUACUUCUUUCUUCGCCUUCUUCUAUCGUGCGUUGACGUUUGUUAACCCUUUACACCUUAAUAUCAGUAUGCAUAUUCUCCAUACUGUUCAUCAUACAUUUCUUAAGGUGCUGACGAGGAGAAUUUGUUUAAAAAUCAAGAGCUUCUUUAGUUGGUGAUCAUUUCCUUUAUUCUUGUGACCUUAAUGUGUGAUUCAGGGGGGGAUAUGUAAGGAGAAAGUAGAUGUUAGUCACUCUUAGGUGUGAAGGGGUUAAAUACCCCACGGCUCAAUUUCAAUAUAUACAUUAGUUUCCUUAUAAUUAGUUUGUUAGAAAAAACCUUAGCUGACUUUUAGCUACUGUUAAACCAGAGAUAGAAGUAAAACUCGAUAAUAACCUUUCGUUCAGUCUAAUAUCCAUUUUAUCUCGCCUUUGUGUAUAAACUGUAGGAAGUGUGUGGACAGCUGCACGACCAGUCGCUCCCCCGUAGAUACUCCAAGUCAAGAGUGUCUUACAAGAAAGUCGUCGGUAGGAAUUGUUUUUCUUUGUGUAUAAUAUAAUUUAACAGCUACAAAGCAACAUUUUCCUCUUGCCUCAAGAUGUGUGUUAAGCCUUUAUCUCAUACUAACGAUGAACAACUAACUUCGCUUCGCAAUUUAUUAAAUUUUCCAGAAAAAGGUGACGAGAAAAAGUAGUUUCAUCAGCUAAGUGAUGAUGUUUCAUAAUGAGAUAACAACAAUUUCUCUCCACUAAUUUGCAACUUGAAAAUGGAUAGCAUUGAGAGAGGAGAAUUACUUCUUUGAUCAUGGGAGUUACUAUCAAUGUUUAUAACUACGAUUAAUAUAGCCGCUUUGGACUACUCGUGCGCAGAUAACUUAGCUUAAUCGUUUUAAACGAACUUAAAUUUGUGUUCCGAUUUUUUGAUCACUCAAAUGCUCUAAUCACUCCUUAAAGAUACAGAACGACGUAUUUUGCUUUUUACUAGGGGAAGCACUUUUGAAUUUGGUUCCUUUUUACUAAACCCAUUCUAAGUUUCCACAAUAGAAGGUUCCUACCCAGUCUCUUGUGACCAGCGGUCAUCUUUUUCUCCCACGGACUCGGGGAGACGUAACGGAGACGUGAACACACGAAAAUUGAAAUAAACUAUGAAAGAAAUUCAGAGUGGCACUCAGAAUCAAAUAUCUCUUUCAAACCCUCCCUUUUACAAUUGUUAAAUGCUGUUUGCCUCUUGCGUUCUUUUCCAUAUCGAGGAUUGACUUUACCUCUCCACUUCAUUUUUAUUUCAGUGUGGUAGCUUAGAAAGUAUGCACAGCCUGGAUUCUUUUCAGUCCUGUGUCGAGGACGAGUUCGAAGGAUCCUCGAAGUCAAGUGAUGGAAUCCUUUCACCAUUUACACCAUCGUGAGUCUAAAUGAUUUCCCUCUUGUUUCAGGUCAUAUCUUUUUGUCCCAUUAUUUUGGCACACAGCGGAGGCGAGCGAAGACGGUUGGGACGGCAUGAAACCGUUAGCGCCCUGCAUCACGAUUUGCAAAGUCGUGAUCGCUAAAUUUGUAUCUGUAUUUUUAUUUGCGAUAUUUAGACAGGCUGGCCCAGUUCAGCUCAGGACAGGUUUAAAUAGGGGCCUUUGUAAACAGUAACAAGGUCAGACAACAACACCGGGAGCAACGUUCCCUACUCCUUGAAAGAAGUGUGUGGAUUCUUUAACAUCCCUGCUAACCAGUACAGAGAAGAGACAGGAGAAAAGGCCUGCGGCUUACUUAAAAUUUCAAAUUUUGGUGGUUUUUUUCCUAAUGAUCUUACUGUAAGCUGGUUUAAUGCCUGUGCGACGUGUUGCGCCAGAAGAAAACCUUAUGUUCCGAAGACAAAUAUUUUCGCAUAAAUCUUCGAAUUUGCUACUUGCCUUUACAAUCUACGCACACGAAAAGUAACAGCUCAUUAAUUUCAAGCACUUAUGAAAUCUAUUUCAAAUUUGUGUCAUGCUCUUUUCAGCUCUUCAUUCCAUGCUGAUUUGCAAGGAGGAGAAAGAAAUGAAAUUUUCAGUAACAGUACCUCUGAAUCUCUUCUUGCGGAUGACAGUGACGUGAUGUCCACUCAUUCGGAUACAACUCUCACGAGAGCGACCGCUGAGACUGUGUCUCUGGCGGAUUACGCUUUAAUGGGCGAAGAGUUUCCGUCAAAUCUGAGCGUGUCUCCUCUCAGUAAACCAGCAAGUGCUACCACUGAAACAAACGUUGGGAUGCAUUUCAGUCAACUCAGAGGAAAGAGUUUAAGUUUAGAGAGUUUGGCGACGUCGCCGGAUUCAAAGGGUGGCCACCAGAGAAAAAGGAAAAAACUGGAUUUACCGGUUUUGCAGAUUCAAAAUUCACCAUCGCCGCCGAAAACUGAGAGGGUUCCGAUUGUCAUCACCCCGAAUGUUCCCUUCAGAAAUGCAAAUGUGAAAAGUAACUUGUUUGGAAAGAAUUCGGUUAGGAGAGUUAAAAGCUUGGAUACCCCACGAACGUCCUUGUGCAGUGGAGAAGAAAAAGUGCUUCAAAAAAGAUCGCGUUAUAACACAAGGUUAGAAUUCCAUUAUUAUCUUCCUUCAUCGAUUAAUUGUUUGCAUUAUAUCUGAGCAACAGCCUUGGCAAUCAAACUUGUCGUUUCGAACGCUCAAUGUCAUCAUUGUCGAACGUAAGAAAGACCAAAGUGAGAGACGAAAUAUUCAAACUCAACUGAAUGGACCACAGUAUAUGCGUGCGGGACUCUUUUUUUUCUAUAUAUGUAUCUGCGUUCUCAGCCUUUAUUUACCUUUAUGAAUAAUUCACUCUUCCAUCCAUGUAUAUACCCAGAUCCACAAGGUUAAUUUCUUUUACAUUCGAAAAUGUUGACAUGAAAUCGUCUGACUCACCUAUAACUUUUUUACUGGUUAGUUUGCUAUUGAAGAGCUUUAAUCCUUAUUGUAACGAAAAUUGUGGUAGAAAAUUUUGUGGUAUUAUUGUUGUUAAACUCUUCACCAGCAAUUUUUCUUCUUAACCCUUAACUCCCGUGGGUGACCAAGACAAAAUUUCUCUUCACAAUAUCAAGCAGACGAGUGAUGAGAAUAAAGAAAAAUAUUAAUUAGGGGAUUAUGAGUGAAUUUAAUACCAAAUUCUCUAAACUAACAUUACAAGAACUCUAUGGCAGACAGUAAGGAGAAUUACUAAUGAGAUCUUGAGAAUUAAAGGGUUAACAUUUACCCUUCUCAGUUCUUCUUCUCCAUGCCAAUUUUUGAAUAAGACUUUUUCACAAAAUGGCUUGUCAGGCGUUUAAAGCGACCUCAGUAGACUUCAAACGUAUUUCGAUUGGCUUUUUGUAUUUGCCAAAACCAAAACUGGAACACAAACAAUCUCAUUAGCAGCCAGUGAGAACUCAAACUAACAGCAAGCAGACAGUCUUAAGCGCGGGAAAACGCGGGUGACCAAGUCGCGAUUGGUUUUAGUUUUGCAUCUGAUCGGUUGAGAGGACGACGUCAGUUUUCUCGUUCAAUCGCAGAGCUGGGUAAAGGAAAACUAAAGCAAUCGUAAACUGCUUUCGAAUUUCAAUUGAAAAUUGAUCCAAUUGUGACUUAAGUGUGAUCUGAUUUGUAAUUUGUAAAGAUUGUUAAAUAAUAUAAAUUGAUGUGUUUUCUUCCAGACCCGAAAUGAUUCGACUCAGGUGUUUCGCAGAAGAAGUUUCCCAGCCGCUAGCAUCAUACACAGGUAAUGUUACACGAUUUUAUUUGUACGUGUGACGACACUGAGCAGUUCGUAAUCAGUAAAUUUUUCUUGGUCGUCAAAAAAGUUUUAUUUGAGUCACUGAAAAGCAUGGGAUCGCUGCACAUUCUAACAGGGCAUGCUAAUUUCCACAUUGAGCUCAGACCAGGCGGUAGGAUUUGACUGACUUGCUUCCUACAAUCCUUUUGAAGAAUGUGCCAUUAACUCACGUCUUUCACCCUUCUCUAUCCCAGCAUUGACGGCCGUUGAUCAGGUGGCAAACCCAUCUACUAUGCUCUUUAUCUUCAGCCCUCCUCUAUCUUUCCUCUGGCUGCCCCUUGUUUCUCUUCCGCUGUGAUAGCUAUGUUCGAGUAAUGCGCAAGUUUGGUUGGUUGAAUUCGCAGUACCUGCCCUUUCCAUCGGAAAUUUUACUCAGUUUUGUGUAACACACAGCCUGCAUACACCUUGCUGGUGUCAAACGCCAUAUUUUGAGAGGGAGAAAGAAAUACGUUUUUGGAACCGACUGUAGGGCGUCUAAGUGGCACAAGAUAUCUCCAGCCAUUCUCAGGCUCAAUGCCGCACGCUCACACAAUGGUCACCGCUGUAUAAUAAAUUCAAUGAAUUUUUGAACCAGACACAAUUCAUAAUGUAUUGGUGCUAGGUUUGAAACCCAUCACUGCAAAAUAUGUGGCACAAACUUUGACUGGUAAUCUGUCAUGUUACAAUCUUUUUUUUUCAGGUUCUAACUUAUUAUCCUUGCGAAACAACUUGAGUUUUUGUAUUCACUUGCUGUACGCUCUUCUCUGUGGACGACCAGUGGUGGUCUUUGCCGAACCAAAGAAUGAAAGGUUUGUUUAUUCCACACUAACUUUGAUUGAAGGGGGUAAGUUUCUAAAGAAACUGUGGUGCUGCGUCGGUAGGAGAGUAUAACAGGGUAAUUUAGUGUUAUCAACUGAGGUGAUAAUGUAAAUUGGCCGCUGUAAAGAGUUCAAAAGCUGACGUGUCGAGCGUUAGCCCUUUGUAGGGGCAAUUGAUUGACACUGUCUAAAGCGCUUGACUCUUUGCCGUCCGCCUUCAAUUUAUCUCAUGGAUUCAAGGGUGAUAGUAUGCGAAAAACCUUGUGAAUUUCUGCCAGUUAUUCACUAAGUAUUCUAGUAGAAAUAAGAUAAGAUUAGUUUUCAACAGAGUUUCGAAAAACCAGAACCAAAGUGAUUGCCACGGGAUUUCAUAACAAAGGUUAACAUCAUCAGUAGUCAAUGAGAGCUCAAAGUAAAGACAGUAAAACUGACUGAAGCGCGGGGAAGUAUGGGUGGCAAAGUCGCGAUUGAUUUUAAUUUUGUAUCUGAUUGGUUAAGAGGGAGGUGCGAGUUUUCUCAACUAGUCGCAGAGCGUAGUAAAGCAAAAACAGAGAAAACUGGAUUAUUUGCGUCGCUUAUCUUGAAAUUGCUUUUGGGAAAUUUAAGCAAUUGGUCACUGAACUAUCACCCUUAAGAUCUGGCCAACAACUCUUCCUUUUACGUGUCGCUCAUUUCCUUGUAUAGGUUAAUACGGAGAAUCUUGACUGAGAACCAAAGACAACACCUCCAGCUGAUGAAUGUUUAUAUUCUCAUCGACUGUUUGUAGACUAAUAUGUUUUUUUUGAGGAGAAAGUAAAUGUUGAUUACCGCGGGGAGUUGAACGGGUAAAUGGCACUAAUGACCUUUUCUUGUGGCUUUCGCGACAUAUCAACCAUUCACCUUACCUGAUGUAUGCAAACAUUCCUAACGUGAUCAGAUGUCAAAACAACUGCAUAAGAAGCACACAAUGCAAAACGUGUUUCUGUGUAGACUUGAACGAACAGGCUUAGUAUCUGCAGCAAUGGCCAAAAGAUUCCUUGGUUUUAGUUUGAACUGCACGACAGAGUUGCGUCAUACUCUGUAAUCCUGUAUUUAGCGUAUUAUGAAAGUCUAUUUUAUUUAGUGACAGGUGCUUAAUGUACUUCUCUGUGUUUUCUUUCUUAGGGAAGCGCGAAUUGUCAUCUCUGCUUUGUGGAUGUUUGUACCAGAAAAUAUGAGGUCGGUCUUCAUCUUUGAUGACCUAGCGAUAACCCUCUAGAGUCAUUGGGGAGCUUAAGCACAAAAGUUUUGAGACGCAGACGGCAGCUGCAAAUAAAAAGUUUUGAUUACUGGUGCCAUUAAACCUUUUCGAUCAGUACAAUUCUAUUUAAAAUGCUAAAACGUUGACCUUACGUUCGAUACGUUGGCGUCAAAGCGCGCAAGAAUUAGUUUUAUUCUUCAACCGGUUGCCUCCCGCUUCUCAAAAACGUUUCUGCUUAAGUUCUAGGAUAAGAAAGCAUGAAAAUCACCAAAACCGAUUUGAAAUGUGGGAGUCAAUUUUUUUUUAUUUCUAGUCAUGGAAAGGUCGUGGAUCCCUGGCGAACCAAACCUUUACAGAUUGCUGACCUUGCAUGGCAAGUAACAAGUGUUUCAUUUGGUGCUAUUACAUGUUUGUUGAACAGCAGUAGGGGAAUAUGUAGGCUAUUUUAUGAAAUCAUGAUAGAUAAACAGACUCUGACGAGAUCAGAUAUUUUGUGUUCUUUUCUGAGCGAUAUGUAUAUUACCCCGUCCCCAGAUAAUAACACAAAUUGGGUUAAUUCAUUUAGUUUUGAUUUCUUAUUUUUCUAAAAUUUUUUUCUUUUUUCUGGGUCACGAACAGGUUAAAACUUGUUGGCCUCGCAAAGAGUAAGCAUUUCAACAUGAUUCCCAAAUCUGUGAAGGUAAAGAUUGCUAAUAAGAUAACAUUUGUUUCGAGUUAUCGUUUACUCUAUCGUCAACCUCGCGCGUUUUAAUUGUUACAGCACGCAUUACAUGUGCAAAAAGGAUAAAAGCCUAAGAGGAUUUAUCCCUGCCUUUUUAAAACACUUCUCCCCCCCCCCUUGAAGAAGAAUUCAAUUCGCGAUCAUUCAACUCUAAAUGCGUUUUCCUUUUGAUCUCGUUUACACCUCCUUAAAUGUCGCUUUCGACUUACAAGAGGGUUAGGCGCUGACCUCAAAUUUUCAGCUCUUUGUGUUCCUAGGAAGGUUGCGCAAAUCAACUGUAGAUAAGUCAAGUUUGUGAUUCCUCAAUUGCAAUAUUUACUUUCCAGAGGUUUGUUUCUGUUCUCGACCUUGAAACAGAUCGUAUUGUUACACCGCAGUAUAAGGUAAGUAUGACUGAUUCCAAGAAAAUAAUCCGUUGGCUGAAAUAAAAUUCGAAAAUUAUACUGAUAUAAUGUCGGAGCUGACCUGGAUCUAACGACCAGUGACGUUACUCCAAGUGCGAGAUGUAAAAAUUGUCGCGUUCCUUGAUGAACGCAAUUCAAAUCUUAGAGAGUUUUUCUUCUACGAUCAUCACCUUCCUGAAUGCGGUCCUUGUGGUUAAAAUUCCUCAGCCAUUUUCGGUUUGUUCAUCGUCAUUAGUGAAUCACUAAGAGACUGGUUACAUCUUUAUUAUUAACAUUAAAUAGAGCCAUCUGCCUUAUAUUUCCAGGGAUGUUAUAUUCGUCCAAUGUGCAAUAUUAACAACAUGUGGCCAGUAAGUGAUACUCAGAUUUGCCUUCAUAUUAGGGUAGUAGUGUAUAUAACGGGGGGUCUAUCUUAACAGAACUAUUUUCAAUUCAGUUGAGUUCUCAUGGGAUUGGUCUACUUCACCUUGCUCAGUGAUUGGUCGCGCUAACCUCUCAACCCGUAAGAUACAAAAUUUAAAACCAAUCGCGUCUUGGUUACUUGUAUUUUUCCCGCGCUUCAGGUAGUUUGCCCGUUUUAUUUACUUUGAGUCAUCAUUGGCUACUUGAGAUGUUUCCUUCAGUUUUGAUUGGCUGUUGUGAUUACAUUGUUCUGAGUUUCACGACACUCGAUCAAAAUGCGCCCUUAUGGGUGAUCUAAUCCGUUCUCUACAGCUCGUAAUGACAUCCACCUUUGUUGUGAGUGGUGCUUGUGUUUGCUUUGUGCACAAAAUGCAGAGUGAUCCCUCUAGAGUGUCCCUCCCUACCCCCCUCACUCUCCUUGCUCUAUAUAAAGUGGAGCACAUACAAUUAACUUUCCUUCUUUGUUUACUUUUCAGUCAAAUGCAGCGUUAGUGGCAUUUGUCCAUAGGUAACUAUAUUUGUUUAUAACUGAAGAUUUCUUGUUGGUGUCACCUUUACUUUUGUUUGAUCAUCGCUGAAGCGAUAAAUCAUUUUAUUUGAGUAACGCGCAGUUUUAUUAGAACUAUAAUUAAUCAGAGAUUAAGAGAUGCGUUCGAAACACUAGUCAAAAAUCUUCGAGCUAACUAUUGAACGACAAAACUACCCACGAUUCCAAGUUCUCUCCUAAAACUUAAUUUGGAAAUGUUGUCAUUUGGUGUUCGCCCUUGCUGGGGGCGGCCGAAUUGGUGUCCCAAGACUGGUCCUUGUCCCAAAAAAUCUCGCUCAAGUCUGUACUAGGAAUGCGUUCUCUUUCUUCGAGCGCAAUUACAGUCAGACGUGCAGUAAACAAAAAUCGUUUCACUACUAAAGAAAUUUGCUUUUUAAAGUAAUUUUCCUUUUUGAGAGUAGUCCCUCUAAGGACUGCUGUCAGUAACAGUUUUAGUGAAUUCAUCAUUAGAAUCACGACAGGAAUCGUUGUUUAUCAGUCGAAGUUCAGAAGUCUGGUUAGUGGAAACUGAGUUGUCAGUGUCACUAUCACAAAAGUAAUUGGUUAUAAAAGUCUGAAAUUGUGAUUGGCCAGUUUUCACAACGACUGACUCGUCAGUCACUGCCUUUGAUAAAAUCCUUUUUCGGGGCUACGUACACUCGAACGAUCACAUUGCACAAUCGAAUGUUACUUCUGGGUUAUAAUCAUUUGAGUUAGCAUCACACUAUUGUAGUUGGUGCAGCUAAAACUGACUCGUGCACUGGUUUCGAACGUUGCUCUUUCAGCGUCUUCUUGGAGUUAGCGAACAAGGCUUACGUAUAUUACUUUGCUUAUUGCCUCGAAGGACUCCAGUGGUGUUGCUGCAAGAGGUAUGUAUUUACAUGUGAAACGUUUACACCUAAGUCAUGUCGUUAAUUUAUAUUGCCAACUGUGCCUACUCUUCAGUGUACCUUGCUUCUUCUUUGCCGCUUUAUCCUCACACUCCUACUCUAUUUUACUCAUUGAACAGCAAUCAGCAGUCACAGUCUGGACAGGCGAUCGCUGAUGUGGUGAGGAGUAGUUGUUACGAAAUGACGAUUAAAUUUAUUCAUGAGAAAGAUAGACAGCCUUGCAUAUGUCUACGUUAUAAGUCUCUUCUCUCCCAUGUUUUUUUUUUUUUUUUUUUUUUUGCUAAAAAGACGUUGGGUUUUAUUUAUGUUCCGUAGUUGAAUGCAAGAUUCUUAAGGUUUAUGCGAAUUCUGUCGUCAUUUCUUAUUCAGGAAUUUUUAGUCAGUCUUAAGCUAUAAAGUGCGCAUGUCGUGCAUUGUAUUGGGAAGCCUGUUUUUACACAUCGGUUAAGUAUGACUUUAUUUCAUUUUAUCUUAUCUUUUCUUAGGAUGGUCCUGGGGUGCUGAGCAGACUUAGAGUACAUUUUUCAGACGCCAAAAUAGUUCAGGUGAACUAACAAAAGAUUAGAUUUUGGGGUGCAUUUGUACCAUGUUCAAGGAGGGAGGGGGUUGGAGAGUUCGUUUCACAGAACAAACGAACGAGCAAAUGAACAGAAAAACAGACAAACGCAUUAACCCUUUAACCCCCGGAAAUGGUUAACAUGUAACGUCUUCCUACAGCAUCCAUACAUUAUCCAGCAGAAAAGUAAGGAAAAUAUUCAAACUUAUCAGGUAGAAGUUGCUAUCUUGAUCUAACAACAAAUUCUUAUUACUAAUUCACAAGGAAAUGUGUAGUGGCUAGAGGGGGGAAAUAAACAAUCAGAUCUGGGGAGUUAAAGGGUUAAAACGAACAAAUAGACAUAAAUAACUACGAUGAAAUUUGCAAUACGUGCGAUGAACGGUUUCAUAUCUAGUUUCUGUCAUUGCUUAUUCAAAGGAGAACAACAACCAGUCAGACAUCACAAUUUUACUGUUAUUAUAUGUUUCUAGUCAGCAUUUUAGACUUAAGCGUUAUAUCAGUACAUUAUUAAAGCAGUUUUGAACCUUCUGUUAUAUCCAUUCGAAUUUUAUUCUAAUCGGCGCCCGUUGCUGUUUUUCAGUAUUUCACUGAACUCAUCAAGCAACAACAGAUUGAUUACUUCAAUAAUCUUUCAGCGGAUCAAGGUAAAUCUUAACACUAAAUUAGCCGUCGGGCAGAAUAAUGACACUUACCAUAUGGGUGUAGACUUAUUCAUGGAAAGGGGUUAUCCACCUUUCACAAUGGGGGGAGGGGGGGGGGGGGAAGGAAGAAAAAGGCAAGAUAAAGGCCGAUCCGGUUAAGAGGUGAACUCACAUCACUUCUGUACCCUUUCUGUUUUCCAUCGCACUGAGCAAAUACAAGUACUUUCUAUCAGGCUUGGAUGUUACGAUGAUUCAUCGCAGUCUCCCUCCCUCCCCCGUCCUACCCUUCCCUAGUAUUUUUUCAGAUUUCUUAGACAGAGGCAUUGUGAGUGUAUAAGAACAGCUGGGGGGAAGGAUUCUGGGGUGUCCGUGCCCCCCCCCCCCCCCCCUUUUUUUUUCUAAGUAAAACACGGCAUGGAGGUUGAUAUGACAAUCUGGUGAGUACCCUUUGUUUGACACAGUGUGACCCCCUUACGCCCCUGGAGCAAGGUGAGGGUGUCUUGUUUCAGAACAUACAAAUAGACUUGGUUGAGGUUUGUAUCCGUAGUCCACUCCGCCAAUCAUAAAGCCAUUGAGAGUAGAGAGUGUCUGGUUUUGAUGGAUUAGAGUAGGUUACAUGUUUGUGAGCUUUCACAAAGGAGAGAGUCAUGCAAUUUUAGGCACACAAACGCAAAGGAUAGAGCCCAGGCCGUUGAAUGUAAAUUUAGCCAAUUUCAAUUGGUUAACAUGAAAUUAGAUUUAAUUGGCCUAAGCGCGGUAUUUUCUUUAAAAAAUGAUUUAUUUAAUUAAUUUCUUGUAGAUUUUGUCGGAGAGAUAACACUUACUCCAGAAUCAGGUAAGUUUUUAAUGCUCUACUUCUCAUUAAACUCUUGCUCAACAGGUGCAUUCCUGUUAAAACCUGAAUUUUCUGCUUUUCAGUCUUAUAUCAUGCCAUCCCCUUUAUUUUACCUCAAAGGUUAAACUCACAUGAUUUGAGUAUUUCUUAUCAUUAGCAGGUCAUAAUAAACUAUUUACUCCAUUCAUAGCUGAAUAAAAAAUAGCUGUUGAUAACAACACGCACAAUGGUUGUGAUUAUCUUUUUUUUCACAGAUUCUGCUUCGGAGAGGAGAUCAUUACUGAUUUGCACUGAUCCGUCUAAGUGUAUUAUAUUACGUAAUUCGAAGCCCCAGGAGUCCACAUGAAUUUCAAACUCAGUUUCAGUUCAAAAAUCGUACUAGGUCCAUGAGUUGUUUUUUUCCCAUAGGUUGUUAUUUUUCUCCCAUUUCUUUUAUGAUCUUAGACGCUUGGUUUUGCCCCAUGAAGGCGUUGAACCUUAAGCUACUUGCUGCAUGAUUUUUUAAGCACAAUUUGUGGUUUUAUAAAGCGAAAAUUUUCUGCGGUUUUCGAACUGACUUACUGUUUUGCACGAAACAUGCAGAAAACAGUAAAAUGCGUUGUGAUUAAUAGCUCCAAACGAAAAGCUGUCUUAUAAAAUAAUGACCUACUGGGUCUAAUUAUCAAUUAGCUCUACAGGAGUGCUUUUUUCGUAUGAAAACUAUUUCGAUCAACCGGCAAAACUUGGUUUGGUGCCUUUCUAUUAUCUCGUGCUUUUUUUGUACAUUCAUGAAUGCUUUGAUAAAUUAUUGUAGAUAUUAGGUAGAAUUUUUAAUUUUUUAAAAUAUCUUUUUAUACUUAAAUUAUGAAAAUCCUAUAUUCUUAGUUCAGAAAGCUAAAAGAUAAAUGAUUACCGAAGAGAAUAUGUAGUAAUAUCUUUGAAAAGUAAAUUUGUGUAAAAUGACGUGCCCUUCGAUUAUAAACCCUUCCUCUAGUCGUUUACGGUCAGUUUACUAUCAUUAGCCGGGCACUAUCAUUACCUGAGCCGAGGAACAAAGGACGCAUGUACCACGCGAUGGGAUGGAAAUGGAUGAGGAAUGUCGUUCAACUGCUGCGCUGUCAACAAAAUAGAAAUAUAUUAAAUUAAAAGAUUGGAACGUCGUAAAAAUUAUCUCAGUAAGAAAAGAUCGAACUUGAAGAAUG